UCCUCUUCAUUUUUCUUUUUCUCGUUCAUUUCUUACUCUCACAGAUACACUGAUACUGAGCUCGUCUUCUUCCAUCUCAAUCUCUCAUAAAUUCACCGCCUGGCAGCUACGGCCAGUGUCGCCGCUGACAGCCACUGUUCGCACAAGUAGCACCGCCGCAACCAUCCUUUCAUCUCUCGAAUCCGCAAGACGAGGAGUGACGGCCACGUGAACUCUGAUAACAUGGAGAAAGCGAACAUCAAACGAACUGGAAACCUUUCUCUGCUAUGAUGCAGAGUGCUGAAAUUGCAGACUACACUAUUUGAUGGGGCAAAAGAAAUGUCAAGUGUGUGAUGACGCAGAAUCCAAGUACAAGUGCCCUACUUGCUUAAUAACCUAUUGUUCUGUGGCCUGCUUCAAGAAACACAAAGAAGUUCCUUGCCAGAAGACAGAAUCUGUAAAGGAAGAAAAAGUUUCAGAUCCUAGUUCAACAACAAAUAAUAACAAACCAACUCCUAGUUCAACGAUAAAUGAUAACCAACCACCUCCUAAUUCAACAACAAAUGAUAGCCAGCCACCUUAUGUGGAUGAGCCAAGUGAGGUGUUGCAAGAGUCACAACUGCAGUCUGUUGCUUCAUCCAAUGAAAUUCGUGAUUUGGUAAAGAAUGAAAAGCUUCAGAAACUGAUACACAGCAUUGAUUGCUCUGCAGAUCCUGAGAGCGAGCUUGAUAAAGCCAUGGAGGAGGAAUCAUUUAGUCAAUUUGCAGAAAAGAUCUUGUCUACCAUAGUCCCUGGUGCUUGAUUAAUCUGGACAGCCAUGAUCUUGCAACAAUAUCCUGGUUAAGAUUCUCCAAACUACAUUAAGAACAGAGGAAGUAGAAGUAUGUUGAAAUCAAGAGAGAAGGUAUUGAAGAGGAAGGAUAAACCAAAACGAAAAUGCAAUGAACAGUUGUUAUGAGUUUGGAUCGAUAGAUUGAGAUUAACUAGUCAUUCAGUAGUUUUGCUUGGUUGUGUCGAUAGUGGAAGUUGGCUGAGCUCCAUUUUAACUGUAGGGGGAGUGAACACUUGGGGAAUUGGUUCUGAAGCAUGGAAAAGUAAAAAAACAUAAUCAUAUGCAUGUAUUAAUUGUUUUUUAUACUCCUACUCGAUAAUGAUAUUAUGAAAAUUAA